GGAGAUGAUGACAUCAAUGAUGUAGCUACAAUGGGUGGAGUUAAUCUCUCAGAAGAAUCUAAAAAUAUUUUAGCAACAAAUGCCGACUUCAUUGGGACUCAAAUUAGGUCAUGUAAAGAUGAAGCAUUUCUGUUUCAUGGUCCUCUUAUGUCCAGAAUUCAUGAAAUAGCUAAACGACAUGGUUUAGAUGAAGUAUCAUUAGAUGUAGCCAAUAUGAUAUCACAUGCUACACAAGAAAGAUUACGUGACAUGUCAGAAAAACUCUCUACAAUAGCAGAACAUAGAAUAGAAAUAUAUAAAAUGGAUAAAAGAUAUGAAGUUACAAAUGAUGUGCGUACACAGUUAAAGUUUUUAGAAGAAAUUGAUAAAUUAGAGAAGAAACGUCAUGAGGAACAGGAAAGAGAAAUAUUAUUACGAGCUAUAAAGAGUCGAUCGAAGAAUGAAGAUCCAGAACAGUUAAAAUUGAAACAAAAAGCUAAAGAGCUCCAGGCAGCAGAAAUGGAAGAAGUUCGGCAGCGUGAAGCUAAUUUAACAGCAUUGGCAGCAAUUGGUCCAAGAAAGAAACGGAAACUUGAAACGCCAGAUGUUGGGCAAGCGGUAAGUCUUUCAAUGAUUAAUCGACCCAGAACGAAACGUGUGAAUCUCAGGGACAUGUUAUUUUUACUAGAACAAGAAAGAUCGACUUCAAAAUCAAAUUUAUUAUUCAAAACAUUCCUAAAAUGA